CCAAAAUAAAUACAAAACCGAAGGGGAAAGUCAUAUAAAUAUUGAAGUUUAUUUUUAAUUUUCUUUUAGAAAAAUUCUUUUUUUUGUAGACAUAUAAAUUAUCAGCAGCUCCAUUAUUAGAACAUAAUCCAUUAAUUAAUGAACAAAUAAAUAAUAAAAAAAACAAAAAAAUAAUUUUAGAUAAUGAAGUAAUUGAAGGGCCUUUUAUGGAAAAUGAAAUUGAGGAAAGAGAAGAAGAGAAAGAAAAUAAAAAAUUAAAUGAAAACCAAUUAAAUUCCAAAUCAAAACAAAUAAUUAACCAACAAAGGAAAAAAAUUAUUUGUGAUCGUAACAUGACCCGUCACAGUCGGUACAGGCGUCAGUGUGCGGAAAUAGAAUUAUCAGAAGAUACCCCAGUCCAAAUAAUUGAAGAUGAAGAACAAAAUUACGGUGGGGGCCCUAAUCAAGAAUAUUAUGAUCCUGGGGGUGGUGGCUACAAUAAUUAUUAUUAUUACACAAAACCCGCUUCUUCCUAUUUUCAAUGUUUUAGUGGAGAUACUAAAAUACGUUUAGAUAAUGGAAAAUUAAAAAGAAUGGAUAAAUUGGCUGUUGGGGAUUGGAUUUAUUCAACUAAUCGUUCUCGAAUUGUUUUGAGUAAAAUUGAAAGGUGGAUUCAUAGAGUUCCAGAGCAGUUAUCCAAUUUUGUUCAAAUAAAGCUUUUGGAUGGCCGAAUUUUAAAAAUAACAGAAAAACAUUUUAUUUACGUUUAUAAAGGAGGAAAUUGUGAAAACUUUAAAAAUAAAAUAAUUAAUAUAAAAAAAGUUUUUGAUAUUUCUUCUAUUUUGUUUGCAAAAGAUGUUAAAAUUGGGGAUUGUUUAUUUACUGAAAUUGAAGGAGGAAAUGAACAAUCUUUAUUAAUUCAACCAAUUAUUUCAAUUAAAUUAAUUAAAGAAAAAGGAAUAUUUGCCCCUUUAACUACGAGUGGGGAUAUUUUUGUUGAAGGAAUUUUAGCUUCUUGUUUUGCUAUUGAACAAAAUUCUGUUCUUCAAAAAAGCAUUUUUUCUAAUUGGCCAUUAUUUACAAAAUUUUCUUCUCUUUUAUUUAAUUUAUUUAAUAAUUACAACAAUAAUUUGGAAAUGAUUGAAGAAUUGCCAAAAUGGGUGGAUUUUAUUGUUAUUUAUUUAUUACCUAUUGUUAUACCUUUUAAAUAA